AUGUCGACUGGAAGAAGCACGUCGGAAAAGCCCGCUGCAUCGCCAGGCCAGCCCACGGCCUCAUCCUCCGCCCAUCCACCGACUGUCCAACUCAACCCUGUGGACGCGGUGCGAAAAAAGGUGCUCGACGACAUGCAAGAAGUAAUGCAGAAAUUCGCCCAACAACUGAAGCUGGCGGCGAAUGACGGAUCGCGCGAAAGACCCGAGUUCCAGAAUGCACUUGACAAAUUCCACACGGUCAUUGAUGAGAUUGAGGCCAGUCUGGAAUGCCUGCUGGAGGUGCACAAGAAUACGCACAGGAUGUGGCAAAUGUUCCAUGAUGAUGAGAAACGAAACCAGUGCAACAUCACGGCUGAGGGAAUCGCGAAUCUGGCGAAACAGGGCGACAUGAUGAAGGGGCUGGUCGACAAGGCCGUCGGCGCCGUCAUGAAGAUGAGGCGCCAGAAGCCACUUCGCCAACAAGAAGAACAACAGCCAAAAGACGAA